GAGGAAACCCGGAAGUGCUCAGCUAGCCUCAGCUAAGCUAACUCAUUUCGUAUGCUCCUGGAGACAUGGGGGCUGCGUUUCACACCCUUUACUGACAGCAGUGGUGUCAGCCGUCCGCUUUGAACAAAACCUAAAGUCGAGAGCUCACUACGUGUUCAGCUGCCAGGUCGGUCCUGAAAGAUGGAGUCCAUGCUGAACAAACUGAAAAGUACCGUUACCAAGGUAACGGCGGAUGUCACCAGUGCCGUAAUGGGGAAUCCAGUGACAAGAGAGUUUGAAGUCGGGAAGCAUAUUGCAAGUGGAGGUCCUGGGUUGUGCUGGAGGAUCUACAACGGCACUAAGAAGUCCACCAAGCAGGAAGUAGCAGUCUUUGUGUUUGACAAGAAGAUGAUCGAUAAGUAUCAGAAGUUCGAGAAGGACCAAAUAAUCGACUCGCUGAAAAAAGGGGUGCAGCAGCUGACGAGACUGCGUCACCCCCGUCUCUUGACUGUGCAGCAUCCUCUGGAAGAAUCACGAGACUGCUUGGCAUUCUGCACAGAGCCGGUGUUUGCCAGUCUGUCCAAUGUGUUGGGCCAGUGGGACAACCUGCCCAGCCCCGUGCCUAAAGACAUCAAGGAAUACAAACUUUAUGACGUGGAAACCAAGUAUGGAUUAUUACAGAUCUCGGAGGGUUUAUCUUUCCUCCACAGUGGGGUUAAAAUGGUCCAUGGCAACUUAUGUCUGGAGAAUAUCAUCCUUAAUAAAAGUGGAGCCUGGAAGAUCAUGGGCUUCGACUUCAGCAUCUCAUCCAUCAACCCUUCAGAUGCUGAGCCAAAGUACUCCUGCAAAGAGUGGGAACCCAACCUUCCCCCCCUCUGCCUCCCGAACCCAGAAUACCUGGCCCCCGAGUACAUCCUGUCCGUCAGCUGCGACUCCGCCUCAGACAUGUACUCUCUCGGGGUCGUCAUGCACGCCGUCUUUAACGAGGGCAAGCCCGUCUUUCAAGUAAACAAGCAUGACAUUUUUAGCUUCAGCAGGCAGCUGGACCAGUUAAGUAGCAUGAGUCCAACAGUGCUCAGCAAGAUUCCAGAGGAGGUGCGAGAGCAUGUGAAGAUGCUGCUGAGCGUCACGCCAAACGUCCGGCCGGACGCCGACCAGAUGACCAAGAUCCCCUUCUUUGAUGACGUUGGCGCGGUCACUCUGCAGUACUUCGACUCGCUUUUCCAGAGGGACAACUUGCAAAAGUCCCAGUUCUAUAAAGGUCUCCCAAAAGUGCUGCCCAAACUACCAAAGAGGGUGGUGGUGUACCGGAUCUUACCAGCACUGACGUCUGAGUUCGUCAACCCAGACAUGGUUCCCUUUGUGCUCCCCAAUGUGCUGCUGAUUGCAGAGGACUGCACAAAGGACGAGUACGUCCGCCUCAUCAUGCCCGACCUCACGCCGGUCUUCAAGCUGCAGGAGCCGGUCCAGGCUAGUAAUAUGAUCUUGCUGAUAUUCCUGCAAAAGAUGGACCUUCUUCUAACUAAAACUCCACCCGAGGAAAUCAAGAACAGCGUGCUGCCGAUGGUCUACAGAGCCGUGGAGGCUCCUUCAAUACAGAUCCAGGAGCUGUGCUUGAACAUCAUUCCAUCCUUUGCCAACCUGAUAGACUACCCCUCCAUGAAGAAUUCCCUCAUCCCCCGGAUCAAAUCCGCCUGCCUCCAGACCUCCUCUCUCGCUGUGCGAGUGAACUCUUUGGUGUGUUUGGGAAAGAUUUUGGAAUAUCUGGACAAAUGGUUUGUCAUUGAUGAGAUCCUCCCCUUCCUACAACAAAUCCCAUCUAGAGAACCUGCUGUUCUCAUGGGCAUUUUAGGAAUCUAUAAAUGCACCUUUAGCCACAAGAAACUCGGCAUCCCCAAAGAGCAUCUGGCCACUAAAAGCUUACCUCACCUGGUGUCUCUAAGCAUAGAUAAUAACCUCAAUCUCAAUCAGUUUAAUUCCUUCAUGGUGGUUAUCCGGGAGAUGAUGAACCGCAUGGAGGCGGAACACAAGACCAAACUGGAGCAGCUGCACGCCAUGCAGGAGCAGCAGAGGAGUCUUAACAUCUCAAAUCCAAUGAAUCAAUCAGAAGAAGCCAAAAGCCCUCCGAGUUCUAGUAACCAGAUUGAUGACAUAUUUGGGAGCUCAGGCGUGAAUGGGAAAGAAAAUGGAUCUGCUGCCCCCGCCUCACAGCCUAAUCGCGUGAGUCUGACUCUAGAGGAGAAGCAGAGGUUGGCUAAAGAGCAGGAGCAGGCGGCUAAACUGAGGAGCCAGCAGCCGCUGGCGCCACAGGCGGUCAAAGCUACCUCCACCUCCGGCUCACAGACCAAGGAUCUGACCAGCAGCCUUUUCAACAGUAUGACGGCUAUAGACAACCUGUCUUUGGCCAACGCAGCGCGACCCGCUCCAAUGCCGGGCCCCACCAUGCCCGCCUUCAACUCUGCUACCCCUGUGGUCGGAUCCAUGGCCGCCCCCGUCCCCAACGGCUUCAACCCAACUUUGGGCUUCCAGUCGGGAGGAAUGGGAAUGGCCAUGCGGCCCUCGGGCCCCAACCUCUACGGCGGCAUGGCGGCCACCACUAGCACCCCGAACUUCGGAGCCCUGGCGCAUAACCCAGGACCGACCGGGCCCAUGGGCAAAGCUCCGGACAUGUCCGCUUUGGACAACCUGUUUACACCCAGCAAGCCCAAAGUCCCUCUCAACCAAAUGGGCCCCAAAGCUCCUCCUGGAACCAGCAGCCCUUGGCUCAGUCAGUUCGGCGGCGCCCAGAGCCCUCAGACUCCGAUGCAAAGCGUGGGCAUGGGAGGGGUGCCCAGCGGCUUCGGGAUGCAGGCAAACCCGUUCUUCAGCCCGCAGAACUUUUCUCAACCAGGCGCCGCUCCAGCCAUGAACCAGGCCGGAGUCAAACACAGUGCAUCUGCGAACAAUGACCUAAAGGACUUGUUCGGCUGAAGAUCGCUCAGAACACAAGCGGAGAGUUCUCGGUUUAGUAUUUUAAACUUCACUUGAAUAUAAAGUCUCGUGCUCACAGUUGAACAUGCACCUAAAUUCCAUUUCUACUUGACCAAGAGGGACAGAAGCUUCUUCUAUGCUGUGCUCUUUAAAUGCUGGGGGUUUGCUACUCUUUUUCUACUUCACACUCUUGCAAAAUUGAGUUUUAUUUCAUUUCAUGAGAAAGAUGCUUAAAAACGGAGCAUCUUCACUUCCAAGUCUGCUGCCUUUUUUUUUAUUUAUUUUUUUAGCUUUAGAAUCAGCCACAUGCUUAAAAAUCAGAGACUUCAAAGCAAAUCCAGACUUGAAAAGUAACUUUGAGGAAUCAAUGAUUUACAUCCUGAGGGUGAAGCAGUUUAUCUCCAUGGCAACUCCUCUUCCAACAUCAGGACCACUUUUUUUUUUUUUCAAAAAGCAUCCAUCACAUCCUUAUUUAUCAUUCAUUUAGAGUUAUUUUAGAAUUUGCCAAUAAGGAAACUGAAUUAGUUGUAUUUGUGCAUGAAGAACUGCAUAUGAAGGGAGCGGAGGGUAAUUCUCAUGUUGUGCCUUAGGAAGGUACGUGGGUAGAAGGAGACAAGUUACUCUUUUUGUGAAAUUUGCUGCUUUUUUUUUUUUUUGAAGGUUUCAUGAUAAAUAAAAUAUUUAAAAGUUAUUUUACUCUUGAUAGUAAUCAUUCUGGUUGAUUCAGUCACAUUUACUUACUACUUCUUCAUCAAAAUGUCAACAUUGCUUUUUUCUUAUGUUCCUGUGUAAACGGUUAAGAGGCCUUAAAUGAGUCCAGUGCAAUAAUUCUCUGGUUGUGAGGAAUCAAUUGACUGAAACAGCUCAGUAAGUAAGUCCUUUUUUUAAAAACUUAAAAGUAAUUUCAGAAAUCUGUCAAAUUGGUUUUAAUGUUGGUGUAAAUCUUUAAAUUUGGGGACAGAAUUUAGUUAUCUUUUAGAUGCACUUUGCUCACGCCGUUCCUGCUGAUGAUUGUCGUCAAAAACGUGGAUUGUAAUGUGUUUAUUUUUUAUUUUUUAUUUUAGUCCGCUUGAAUUUCUGUCCAUUCAUGACUAGAAUCGUCUCGUUCUGUGGAGGAUUUUUAGAUUGGCGCCUUUUUCGAUUUCAUCGCAUAUUUUGACCUCAAAGCUGAGAACUAAAUCCUAUUCUUCUACUGGAACGUUUGUAUACUACUGUCAUGUUUGUGAAGUGUGAGCUUUGUUUUAUGUGUGAAGAUUCUGGUUUCUAAGGUGGUUCACUGAAGAUCUGUACAUAUAUAUAUAUAAAAAGUACACAAAUA